CUCAUGAGAUACUGAGCAUCAGCCUGUGCCGCCAUGCUGCGUUCGCGUGACAUCUCGGAUCGCCUGUUGAUGUCGCAGUCGCGCAGAUUUGUGGAGCUCAGGAGAAACGAGACAAUGACUGGCCGAGCAGGAGGCAAGGCGAAGCCCCUCAAGGCGCCAAAAAAGGAGAAGCGUGAAGAAGAUGAAGAUGAUCUUGCUUUCAAGGCAAAGCAAAAGGCUGAUGCUGCUGCGACCAAGGAGGCUGCCCUGAGAGCUGCCAAAGGCGGUCCUAUGGGCGGCGCUGGCAUAAAAAAGUGGGCUUGCAAUAUGCACUAUAGCGCCCGAUGCUCAUGAGGUCAAGCAGGUCGGGCAAGAAGUGAAUGACAGAGCUUGUGCAUAUCACGGAAUGUAUGCAUAUUAUAGACGCAGUGGCGGGCGACCUUGCACGUAAAUUUCUCCCAGCACACUGUUUUCGCGCACAAUGAACGCGUCACGUCCUUCGCUCACGUCCUGGCCUUCUUCC